UCGAAGAAGAAGUUUUCUUUUUCCUGUUUGAUACGACAUGUUACAGAACAUCUCGAAGUCAGUGUGUGUUCUGCGAGAUGUCGGGAGCUCCUGGUGGUGUGACCUUAUUGUUGAGGUGUGUUCGGCUCUUGCCUGCUCACUGUGCUGUUAGAGCUGGCUGUAACAGAGGUGUAAGGCUCGGUGCUGGGAGCGUCAUCGUAUUCCAGAGCAGAGCACGCAGCCGUACGCAGCACAGAACCCCAGCCUGCUGACCUGAAAGAGGCCAGCACUGGGAGUUUUUGGAGGUGAAGUCUAGUCUCACUAUGUUGUCUUCCUUCCAAGGGAAGCUUGUGCGGAAUGGAGAGGAUAAAAAAGCAGUGGUCUGUAUUGAGGGAAACAUUGCCAGUGGGAAGACGACGUGUCUGGAGUAUUUCAGCAAAACUAGCAAUAUAGAGGUCCUUACAGAACCAGUCUCUAAAUGGAGGAAUGUCCGUGGACACAACCCUCUGGCUCUGAUGUACCAGGAUCCCGAGCGCUGGGGCAUCACACUGCAGACCUAUGUUCAGCUUACCAUGCUGGAGAGACACUUGUCGUCCAUAGUGGCUCCUGUCAGGAUGAUGGAGAGGUCCAUCUUCAGUGCCAAGUACAUCUUUGUGGAGAAUCUCUUCAGAAGUGGCAAAAUGCCAGAGGUGGAUUAUGCUGUUCUCAGCGAGUGGUUUGAUUGGAUCACAGCUAACAUUUCCAUUCCUGUUGAUCUGAUUGUCUACCUGCAGACAUCUCCUCAGACCUGCCAUGAGAGGUUAAAGCAGAGAUGCAGAGAGGAGGAGAAGGUCAUUCCAUUGGAGUAUUUGGAGUCUAUCCACCAGCUGUAUGAGGACUGGCUCAUCAAGCGUACCUCCGUCCCUCUUCCUGCUCCUGUUUUGGUCAUUCCUGCUGACCAUGACCUCCAGAAAAUGCUGCAUCAGUACGAAGAAAACCGUGACAAGAUCCUAGCAGCUAGCUACGUCUGAUACCCAAACAUGCAGUUAUACACACACACACACACACACACACACACACACACACACACACACACACUCACACUCUCAAACACAUCCUUCCAUCAAGACAGAUCAUAGAAAGCCGUUUACAAACUAUAAUUAUCCAACUGAUCUGAACACUGACUUCAGUUUUUCACUACCAACUAGUGCUUCUUUCUUAAGAUUCUGAUUUUUCUAAAUUGUAUAACUCAUCUCCAUAUAUGUGACUACCAACUACAGUUCAGUCUGUGUUCAUAUCGACUAACACUGGCCCUCAGUUUUUCAUUCAAACACUGAGGUUUUGUAAAGGAAUAUGAAAAACUUCCAGGUGUCAUAGGAUGUUCUUAGAGCUCCAUUCUACAUGCAGUUUUCUAGUUCAGUUCUUAUUUAUUAUCCUGCUUGUUAUGUUAUGUAAUGUACUGCACUUGAAGCUUAUCCUGAGAGCCUGUGUUUUUGCUUAUAUGUGUAAUGUGUUUGGAUUUUAAACCUCAGUGGAUGUGGCAAUCAGAUAAAUGAUUUGAUUUGUUAACUGAAAACUGCAUUAGUAACAACCACCACUCCACCUACUACAGAUAUAUAAUGUAUGGGUUCAUAUGUAAUGUCACAGAUUUUGGGACCUGGUGAAGACUAUGUAGGGUUGACCUGUUUCUCUGUAAUUUAUUUUAAUAAAGGGACCUUUGCUCUUUGUUUUACAUGUUAUAAUAAAUAAAUUCUGCAACUCUAA